UUAUUUUAUAGAAAUAAAAAAAGAUGAAAUGUUUGAUCCAAUUUAUUGAAAUAAAAGUAAAAUUUAAAUUUUAACAAAUUUUUUUAAGUAAUUCAAUCAUAAUAAGAUGAAUGCUGUUCGACAAAGUUUAAACUAUGUAUGGUCUGUUCAAGAAGUUAUUGGAAAUGGUGCAACUGGAACAGUGUACAAAUGUUCAGCUAAGAAAACAGGUGCUCCAUGUGCUGCAAAAGUAUUUAACUCACAAGCUGACAGAAGACCAUAUGAAGUGCGGAUUCGAGAAAUUGAAUUGCUUCAAAAAUUAUCACAUCCUAAUAUUAUUAAAUUGAUGGGGUUAGAACAGGAGAUUGGCUCUAAAGCGACAGUGUUAAUUAUGGAAUUAUGUGGUUCAAGUCUCUAUGAAAUAAUUGAGGAACCUGAAAAUAUGUUUGGAGUAGAUGAUACAACAUUGAUAAACAUUAUCCAAGAUGUUUGUGCAGGUAUGGAGUAUCUUAAAAAUUCAAAUGUUGUUCAUCGUGAUGUAAAACCAGGGAAUAUAUUGCGUGCAGAUAAAGGUUCUGGAGGAUACAUUUAUAAGAUCACAGAUUUUGGAGCGGCUCGAGAACUUGGUGAAGCUGAACAGUUUGUAUCUGUGUAUGGAACUGAAGAGUAUUUGCAUCCUGAUAUAUACGAAAAAGCUGUUAUGAAGUGGUCCAGUAACAAAACAUUUACAUCAAGGGUGGAUAUGUGGAGUUUAGGAGUUACAUUCUAUCACUUAGCAACUGGACAGUUACCUUUUCGACCUGCAGGAGGUCGGCAAAAUAAAGAUAUAAUGUUUAAAAUGAUAUCAGAAAAGUCUAAUGAUGCUAUUUCGUGUUAUCAAGAUUUGGAUAAUGGAAGUCUGAUAUAUUCAAAUGAAUUACCUAAAAAAACAAGAAUUUCUGAAAAUUUAAAGAUGCAUCUUACCCCCAUAUUAAAAUGUUUGUUACAAAUACAGCAACAGUUUAUGCUAUCUUAUGAUGAUUUUUUUAAAGAAAUUAAAGAACUUGUUUCGUUGAAGAAAAUCUAUGUAUUUUGUUGUGGGAAUUUUAAACUUCAAAAUCUUUACAUGGAUGCGCAUGAGAUUACAGCUACAAACCUAUUUCAAACUCUUGGAAUCACAAAUGGAGAAAUAAUUUUUAAUGAAGACUUCAUAAAUUUUUCAAAUUUGUCCUCUUAUGAAACUACUGUUGACAAUCCUUUCAUUAUUCUUACAAAUUCAAUGUCUUGUGAAAAACUUUUAAAUGAAGAUUUACCUCAAAAUAUCAAUAACGAUGAUUUAAAGUUUUCAAAGAUACACGCAGGUUAUGCAUAUGAUUUUAAACGGAAAGCUGAAAACAUAAUACUAUGUUGUAAACUCACAAAACAGAUUUAUAGAAUUGUUCAAAGAUUUUUUCUUGAAAGUUUUAAACUUUUUCAAGAAAUCUGUAAGCAAAAGCAUUACCAAAUAGAAUUUAUUAAAAAACAAUUUAUCAGAUUAAAUAAAUUAUUAAACUUAAAAGACAACUUUAACUCAGACCUUGAAAUGAAAAUUGAAAGUCAGCUAAAGUAUGAUUGCGUUGUAAGUUGUUUUAGUGAAAUACAAACUCUUUUGAAACGAAUAUUAGAAAAUAUGCCAUUGAAAAUGCCUACAAUUUUGAAUGACUCUGAACCUUUGCUAUGGCUUGAGUCCAUCAGUUUUCUUGUCAAACUCAAUCACUCAAUCUUUCUCAAGUUUUAUAAAGAUAAAUACUAUAAAAGAGCAGUUGCUACCAUGUUAGAUGAAUUAGUUCACAAAACUGAAAAGGAAAAAUUACAAACAAAUCUAUUAUCUCUAAGUGAAAAAUUAGAAUGGCUUAUUGCAUAUCAAAUUUCUGUUGAAAAAGAUGUUAUUCAACGGCUGAGUUGUUUCAAUGAAGAAAAACAAAAGAUUUCUGCUCUGACAACAAAAUUGGACCAAACUUUUAAAAUCCUGAAUAACCACUUUGAACAAGAGUCAAUUAAUUUUGAUGAUGAAAUGUGCAAGUAUAUCUUUUGGUCAAAGAAUUUGGUUGACUUUAAUAAACUCCAAAAACAGUUAGAAUUGUUGGAAAAUAUCAUGCCCGAACUGAUAGUGACCGCAAACGAACAGCAACAAAAGCUUGAGUAUCUCGAAAGUUUUGACAUGACGCCCUCUGAUUAGUCGAGCAGAGUUGCUCACCUACUGAAUAAACAGGGGGAAGAGGGGAUAAAUUAUAAUUUUUAAUAAUUAUGGAUUAAUUUUUUUUUUUAUAAUCUGAACAUAGACGUGUUUUUGUUUAAGAGAACUUUCUUCACCAAUGAAAUUCCUUUUGUAAGGUAAGCUUAAGGUGUUCUUAAUUAAGAAACUAAGAAGAACCCAUUAAAAUGUCUUUCUUUAUAAAUGUUAAUUUCUUCGAGUAUUUUCAUGUUUUUAGAAUUUGAAGUUUUUUUAAAAUUUCAUAUCCUACUGCUUAGUAAGAUCCAUAAGACAAACCAUUUUCCCCAUCCCCUCCUUCUCCGUUUAUUCGGUAGGUAAGAGUAAGUUUUUGAUUUAUAAAAAAAAAAUUUGCAGGUGACUUUUUUUUAAUUCAGACUUUUAUUCAGUCUAGAAUAAAUGUAAUUACCGGAUGUCAAUUAUGGUAUAUUAUUUUGAUCUUUUUUAACAUUUGAUUGUACAUUAUAUUUUGUAACAUUUAUACAAAGCACUAUUAAAAGUAUUUAAAAUAGCUUAGUUAAUUAAAAA